AGGCCGCCGCGGCGCGCGCAGGCGUUACUGGUCGCCCCGAGUCACGUGAGCACGCAGGCGCAGCGCCGCGCAGCCCUCUUGCUCACACAAAGCCCAGACGCGGAGAAAAUGGCGGCAGGGGUCGAAGCGGCGGCCGAGGUGGCGGCGACGGAGCCCAAAAUGGAGGAGGAGAGCGGCGCGCCUGGCGUGCCAAGCGGCAACGGAGCUCCGGGCCCGAAAGGUGAAGGAGAACGACCUGCUCAGAAUGAGAAGAGGAAGGAGAAAAACAUAAAAAGAGGAGGCAAUCGCUUUGAGCCAUAUGCCAAUCCAACUAAAAGAUACAGAGCCUUCAUUACAAACAUACCUUUUGAUGUGAAAUGGCAGUCACUUAAAGACCUGGUUAAAGAAAAAGUUGGUGAGGUAACAUACGUGGAGCUCUUAAUGGACGCUGAAGGAAAGUCAAGGGGAUGUGCUGUUGUUGAAUUCAAGAUGGAAGAGAGCAUGAAAAAAGCUGCUGAAGUUCUAAACAAGCAUAGUCUGAGUGGAAGACCACUGAAAGUCAAAGAAGAUCCUGAUGGUGAACAUGCCAGGAGAGCAAUGCAAAAGGUGAUGGCUACGACUGGUGGGAUGGGUAUGGGACCAGGUGGCCCAGGAAUGAUUAAUAUCCCACCCAGUAUCCUAAAUAAUCCUAACAUCCCAAAUGAGAUUAUCCAUGCAUUACAGGCUGGAAGACUUGGAAGCACAGUAUUUGUAGCAAAUCUGGAUUAUAAAGUUGGCUGGAAGAAACUGAAGGAAGUUUUUAGUAUGGCUGGUGUGGUGGUCCGAGCAGACAUUCUUGAGGAUAAAGAUGGAAAAAGUCGUGGAAUAGGCACUGUUACUUUUGAACAGUCCAUUGAAGCCGUGCAAGCUAUAUCUAUGUUUAAUGGCCAGCUGCUGUUUGACAGACCAAUGCACGUGAAAAUGGAUGAGAGGGCCUUACCAAAGGGAGAUUUUUUCCCUCCUGAGCGUCCACAACAACUUCCCCAUGGACUUGGUGGUAUUGGCAUGGGGUUAGGACCAGGAGGGCAGCCUAUUGAUGCCAACCAUUUGAAUAAAGGCAUUGGAAUGGGCAACCUGGGACCUGCAGGAAUGGGAAUGGAAGGCAUAGGAUUUGGAAUAAAUAAAAUGGGAGGCAUGGAAGGACCCUUUGGUGGUGGUAUGGAAAACAUGGGUCGAUUUGGAUCUGGGAUGAACAUGGGCAGAAUAAACGAGAUGGAGCGUGGCAUGGGUGGAGGAUUUGAGAGAAUGUCUCGAAGCUUUGGAGAGCCCCUUGGCAGAGGAAUGGAAAUCCUAAGUAAUGCCCUGAAGAGAGGAGAGAUCAUUGCAAAGCAGGGAGGAGGUGGAGGCGGAGGCAGUGUCCCUGGAAUUGAGAGGAUGGGCCCCGGCAUUGACCGCAUCGGGGGGGCCGGCAUGGAACGCAUGGGCGCAGGCCUGGGCCACGGCAUGGAUCGUGUGGGCUCCGAGAUUGAGCGCAUGGGCCUGGUCAUGGACCGCAUGGGCUCCGUCGAGCGCAUGGGCUCUGGCAUCGAACGCAUGGGCCCCCUGGGCCUCGACCACAUGGCCUCCAGCAUCGAGCGCAUGGGCCAGACCAUGGAGCGCAUCGGCUCUGGCGUGGAGCGCAUGGGUGCCGGCAUGGGCUUUGGCCUCGAGCGAAUGGCCGCACCCAUUGACCGUGUGGGCCAGACCAUCGAGCGCAUGGGCUCUGGUGUGGAGCGCAUGGGCCCUGCCAUCGAGCGCAUGGGCCUGGGCAUGGAGCGCAUGGUGCCCGCAGGCAUGGGGGCAGGCCUGGAGCGCAUGGGCCCCGUGAUGGAUCGCAUGGCCACCGGCCUGGAGCGCAUGGGCGCCAACAACCUGGAGCGCAUGGGCCUGGAGCGUAUGGGCGCCAACAGUCUCGAGCGUAUGGGCCUGGAGCGCAUGGGCGCCAACAGCCUAGAGCGUAUGGGUCCUGCCAUGGGCCCGGCCCUGGGCGCUGGCAUUGAGCGCAUGGGCCUGGCCAUGGGUGGCGGUGGCGGUGCCAGCUUUGACCGUGCCAUCGAGAUGGAGCGUGGCAACUUUGGAGGAAGUUUCGCGGGUUCCUUUGGUGGAGCUGGAGGCCAUGCCCCUGGGGUGGCCAGGAAGGCCUGCCAGAUAUUUGUGAGAAAUCUCCCGUUUGAUUUUACAUGGAAGAUGCUAAAAGACAAGUUCAACGAAUGCGGCCACGUGCUGUAUGCCGACAUCAAGAUGGAGAAUGGGAAGUCCAAGGGGUGCGGUGUGGUUAAGUUUGAGUCGCCAGAGGUGGCUGAGAGAGCCUGCCGGAUGAUGAAUGGGAUGAAGCUGAGUGGCCGAGAGAUUGAUGUUCGAAUCGAUAGAAAUGCUUAAGCAGUUGCCUUUUUUAAACAUCGAUACCAGACCUCUGAAUUUGUAUUUUUUCUUGUUAACCAUUUUAAUUUGUUGGCUGGAUGUAUAAAGAUGUUUAAAAAAUUCAGUUGCUUUUUGGGGUAAUUUGAAUUACUUUUUUAAUGACUGGGGUUCCAUUUGACUGUUUGCAUUGAGAUUGCAAUGUGCGCAAUUUUUUUUGUAGUUGUGGCAUCUUGUUGACAUCGAAUAUGACUUUGAUAAUAAAUACCAGUUCCUGAAA